CCGGGCUGCAAGUAGACGGAACUGAAGAUAAACACUGUCACUGGUGGGUGUUGGAUUCCUGUUUGGUUGCUUGUGUGGAUCGUGCAUUGCAUGCACGACUUUAAACGUCGAAUUAAGUUGCCUUUCUGCAGCAGCUUUGCACAACUUGGAUCUGUCACGAAAGCAGUAAGGAAUGCACGCAGAUGGUUGGUUGGUUGGUUGUCCGCUUCUUCAGCAGUAUUUUUGAAGCAAUCGCCGUGCAGGGUGCAACAUUUGCACCAUGACUUUGCCCUAGUUGACGUGUUCAACUUUUGCUGGUGGAACCUGUGCAGGUGCGUGGAGCCACGCGUAAAUUGACGUGCGUAACCGCGAGCUGUCUCUCCAUGGAGAUCCCUCAGCCGCGCUGCUCUUCUCGAUCAACGCCUUAAAAGACAUCGAGAUGAAUCAAGAGCAGGAGGGCAUUUCUUUGCCCGUGCCAUGCUUUGGGGCUUUUCCCUCCAGAGGGACUGAUGUCAACGGGGACAGCACCGGCGCCGACCGCGGAAGUGCUACUUCGGGUGUUGCGGUUCCUGCAGCCGGGACUUUCUGGCACGAAUCCGUGGUGACAGGAUGUCAUGGGCACAGCCAUACUUCCGGCGAUGGUCUGCUGUCCACGAGCAAGUCGUGCAAAAGCAGGCCGGUGAGUGUCGCCUAUGUUUUGAACAAUGAGCCGAAUCAACAGAACAAUGCCGAGUGCAUGGCUUUGCAAUGCCUCAAGCAAGCUUGUGAGACAAUUGGAAGCCAACUGGAAACGAUCCACUUUGGAAAGCUGGACUUUGGAGAGACCUCAGUGCUGGACAUCUUUUACAACGCAGAUAUCGCCGUUGUGGAGAUGACGGACGCUUUUCGCCAGCCGUCACUCUUCUACCACCUGGGAGUCCGAGAAAGCUUCAGCAUGGCCAACAACAUCAUCCUCUACUGUGACACUAAUUCAGAGUCGCUCCAGUCUUUGCAGGAAAUCAUUUGCCAGAAGAACACUACUUGCUCAGCCAACUACACCUUCAUCCCGUACAUGGUGACGCCACACAACAAAGUGUACUGCUGCGAGAGCAGUCUAAUGAAGGGCCUCACUGAACUGAUGCAGCCCAGCUUUGAGAUGCUGCUGGGGCCCAUUUGCAUGCCCCUCCUGGACCGCUUCAUCCAGCUACUCAAAGUCUCGCAGGCCAGCUCCCAUCAAUAUUUUCGUGAAACGAUUCUAAGUGAGAUUCGUAAGGCUCGGGAACUCUACACCGGACCAGAACUGGCCUCCGAGCUGGCCCGAAUACAGCAGCGGCUGGACAAUGUUGAGUGCCUCUCGGUGGACAUCGUCAUAAACCUGCUACUGACAUACAGAGACAUUCAGGACUAUGAGUCGGUCGUGAAGCUGGUGGAGGCCUUGGGGAAGCUGCCGACCUUUGACCUUGUGGCGCAUCCCCAUGUCAAGUUCCACUAUGCCUUUGCACUGAAUAGGAGGAAUCAGCCAGGAGACAGACAAAAUGCCCUGGACAUCAUGCUGCCCUUGGUGCAGACCGAGGAGCAGGUAGCCUCGGACAUCUACUGCCUGGUAGGGCGGAUCUACAAGGACAUUUUCCUCGAAUCGCAUUUCACCGACACUCAGAGCAGAGACAGCGGCACACGCUGGUUUAAAAUGGGAUUUGAGUCGGAGCCAACGUUACACUCUGGGAUCAACUACGCUGUUCUGCUCUUGGCGGCUGGACACCAGUUUGAGACUUCUUUUGAGCUUCGCAAAGUUGGGGUGAAGCUGAGCAGCCUGCUUGGUAAAAAGGGCAGCUUGGAUAAGUUGCAGAGUUACUGGGAUGUGGGCUUCUUUUUGGGGGCCAGCAUCCUGGCCUGCGACAACACCAGGGUCAUCCAGGCCUCGGAGAAACUCUUCAAACUCAAAGCGCCUAUCUGGUAUCUUCGUUCCUUGGUGGAGACCAUAUUGAUCUAUCAGCACUUCAAGAAGCCCCAAGAACAACCAGCCCCCAAAUUGGAAUUAAUGGACUUCUGGAUGGACUUUCUCGUCGAGGCGACCAAAAAAGAUGUUUCCUCUGUGAGAUUUCCUGUGUUGAUAUUGGAGCCUACUAAAGUCUACCAGCCUUCAUAUUUGUCCAUAAACAAAGACGUGGACGACAACACGGUGUCCAUCUGGCACGUCACUCCUGACGACAAGAACAAGGGGAUUCACGAGUGGAACUUCAGCGCCACAUCUGUGCGAGGUGUCAGCAUCUCCAAGUUUGAUGAGCGCAGUGCUUUCCUCUACGUCCUUCACAAUGCGGAGGACUUCCAGAUUUAUUUCUGUACGGAGAUGCACUGUAAAAGGUUCUGCGAUUUGGUCAACAGCAUCACCGAAGAGGCUUGGAGAGGUCCAGAUGAAGGAGAUUGUGAUACUGACGCCUUGGAGUACGACUACGAGUACGACGAACACGGUGAGAGGGUCGUUCUAGGUAAAGGAACAUUCGGAGUGGUGUACGCCGGCCGAGACCUCAGCAACCAGGUCCGGCUAGCCAUCAAGGAGAUACCAGAGCGAGACAGUAGGUACUCACAACCCCUCCACGAGGAGAUCGCCCUUCACAAACACCUAAAGCACAAGAACAUUGUCCAGUAUCUCGGCUCCAUCAGUGAGAACGGCUUCAUCAAGAUCUUUAUGGAGCAAGUGCCAGGAGGGAGUCUCUCUGCCCUGCUCAGAUCCAAAUGGGGCCCCUUGAAAAACAACGAGCCCACUAUAGGCUUCUACACACGGCAGAUCCUGGAGGGGCUCAAAUACUUGCACGACAAUCAAAUUGCACAUCGGGAUAUCAAGGGUGAUAACGUGCUAAUCAACACGUACAGCGGCGUGCUAAAGAUAUCCGAUUUUGGCACAUCGAAACGCUUGGCUGGGAUUAACCCUUGCACCGAGACAUUCACAGGUACACUACAGUAUAUGGCUCCGGAGAUUAUAGACAAGGGUCCUCGUGGCUACGGCAAGCCAGCAGACAUCUGGUCUCUGGGUUGUACUAUUAUCGAGAUGGCUACCGGGAAACCUCCUUUCUACGAACUAGGGGAACCACAGGCUGCUAUGUUUAAGGUCGGCAUGUUUAAGAUCCACCCGGAGAUCCCGGAGUCCAUGUCAACGGAGGCGAAGGCCUUUAUCGUGCGUUGCUUCGAGCCUGACCCGGACCGCCGAGCCACCGCCAUCGACCUGCUCACAGAUGAGUUCCUCACCGUCACCAGCCGCAAGAAAAAGAGUAAAAGUAGCUUCGCUGCUCUCUCACCAGGCACAGAGUAUCUGCGCAGCAUUUCCCUGCCAGUGCCUGUAGUGGUCGAGGACACCAGCAGCAGCAGCGAGUAUGGCUCCGUCUCCCCUGACAACGACCUCAACACCAACCCCUUCAACUUUAAGCCCAGCGUCAAGUGCUACAGCGAGCGAGAUGUCAAAGGGCCCCGAUCGCUCUUCCUCAGCAUCCCAGUUGAGAAUUUCGAGGACCACAGUGCCCCUCCAUCUCCCGAAGAGAAGGAUUCAGGCUUCUUUAUGCUGAGGAAAGACAGCGAGAGGCGAGCCACUUUGCACCGCAUCCUGACCGAGGACCAGGACAAGGUGGUGGCCAACCUAAUGGAAGCCCUCUCACAGGGAUCGGAGGAAAUGAAAAUGAAACCUCAGCACAUUUCCACCCUGGUGGUCAGCCUGGCCGACUUUGUCCGAGUGGCUGACAGGAAAAUCAUCGCCCGCACGCUGUCUCAACUCAAACUGGAGCUGGACUUUGACAGCACGGCCAUAAGUCAGCUGCAGGUCGUACUCUUUGGCUUCCAGGAUGCUGUGAACAAAGUCUUGCGAAACCACAACAUCAAGCCUCACUGGAUGUUUGCCCUGGACAACAUCAUCCGAAAAGCAGUGCAGAUCGCCAUCACCAUCUUGGUGCCAGAGCUGAGGCCUCACUUCAGUCUGACCUCCGAGAGCGACGCGCCUGACCACGAGGACGCCGAUGACGAGGAGACUGAGAGAAACCCGGCGCACCAAAGACAGGUCUCCAGUCAAGAUGAAACUGUGGUUACUUCGGGGGUCAGUACGCUCAACUCCACUGUCUCCCACGAAUCCCGUAACGCACAACAUUCCGUGAGCAUGGAGCUAGGCAGGAUGAAGCUGGAGACCAACAGGUUGCUGGAACAGCUCCUGGAGAAGGAGAGAGAAUAUCAGGCCAUCCUUCAACAAGUUCUGGAGGAACGAGAGCAGGAGAUCAAACUACUGCAACUGCGAUCUCACACUACAGCAAACAUCUCCGUGCCGACGUGUGGGCCAGAAACGGGUCAACCUGCCAAAAAAUGUGAAGAGAAAGAGCUGAGCAGCUGGCUGAGGCUUUACGGUGCAGACCAGGACUCCAUAGAUUUGAUCCUCAGUGAGGAAUACACACUGAAUGACAUCCUCCAUGAUGUCACAAGAGAAGAUCUGAAGAGUCUCAGACUGAGAGGCGGAAUCUUGUGUAAACUUUGGAAGGCCAUCAUAGACCACAGGCGCAAGCCAUUCUGAGGCCUUAAGUGGCGGCAACCACUCUGAGAAGCCAGCACACCUCAGUAUUCUCCUCAAUACCUCAGUAUUUCUUUUUAGAACAAGAAUCUGUGUUUGCAGCUUUCCAACUUACCCUUUUUUUCUUGGUCGGGUGCUGUGAUCGUUUUGAAAAUGUCAUUUUGUCAAGUGCCACUCUAGCGUUGACCCGCCUUAUGGACAUGACAGGCAUGUUACAACAAUGUGGGAAUUUUAUUUUCAACCUACAAUUGUUCUUGUCUUCACGUGACGAAACGUUUACAUAUCUAGAGACUGACUGUUUGUAAAUUAAGCCUCCGAUACAAAAAUACCACAUGAAAAGAUUUCAGAUUUGCUUCGUUUUAUUGUUUCACUGUGGGCGCUGCAUCCAUUCUGUUUUUUAUUAUUAUUAUUAUUUAAUUGUUUUGCAAAUGGAUGUCAAGGCAUGCCUUUUUGUUCUUCUUUUAUUGAGACUAAUUUAAAUGGCAUUUAUUCACAUUUCACAAACAUGUAAAUAUGGAAUAGCUAAUAUGUGAACAUGCAUAAAUGUACUAAAUAUAACUUUAUCCGUGUGGAUUGGACCGUCGAUACUUGUGUAUAAUUGUUGGGUUUUCUAAUGUGACAAAUCAUGGCGAUACUAAUUACAACUAAAUUACAGCUCACUUUUUCUUUCGUUUUCUUUUUCACCUUGCUUGAGAUGUUCUCAUUCAAUCUGCAGUUAAUUAGAAGGAAUUUGUGAAAGGAAUAUUUAAAAUCUGCAUACUGCUGAGCUUUAUUUUAAAUUCAUCAGAAACACUUGUGUCUAUGUUGUUUCAUAUUUAAUGCAAGAUGUGUUGUUAAAAUAAAACGUUUCAUUAUG